AUGGCAAUCAAAUUAUACCUAUUUUUAUUUCUUGCAUUUUUCACAUUUUCGAAAGCAGAUUUAGGGCUUCUAAAACUCAAACUCAGAGAGAUCCAAAUGACAGUCUACUUCCAAGAUUAUUCGGGUGGGCCCAAUGCCACUGUGGUCGAGAUCACGAACCCGUCACAUGGGCUGCUUAGCUUCACAAAAUUCGGAGCCAUUUUUUGCACUGACGAUCCAAUAACAGAAGGAUUCGAGGAAAGCUCAACCCAGAUUGCUCGGGCCCAAGGUAUAUACGUGACGUCGGCCCUCGAUGGGUCCAACACCCACGUCCUUAUAUCAAUUGUUUUUAUCAAUGACGAGUAUAAAGGUAGCACACUAGAAAUACAAGGGACCAGUGCCCAGUUCGAGCGGGUGAGGGAGGUGGCGGUGGUGGGAGGCACCGGAAAAUUUCGAUUGGCUCGUGGUUACGCGACUUUUGAGACUAUUUCUUAUGACCACACAAGUCACUAUGCCCUCAUCCAAUGCAAUCUUACUGUGCUACACUUCUAG